AUUGCACAGUACAAUUUGCUGAUUUCUCUCUGACAGAGAAUUUGGCACGUCUCUUCAAUCUUGUCACUCAGUCAUUCCUUUUAAAUCGCGAUGGUACGCGUUGCUCUUCUAGCAACCGUUCUGGCGGCCCUGUGUUACACGAGCCAGGCUAUCCCGGCUCAAGUUGGAAGUACAGAAUUUGAAUUGCGCAAAGAAAUCUCCGACCAAAUACAACAAAUACUUGAUAAUAUUCCCGAGGAAGUGAAAGACAAAAUUGAGGAUUACAGGGACAAAUUCCUGGAAUAUUUAGAACAAUUCGAGAAAUACUCCCAGGAAAAAGGAAGGAGCGCCUUAAACAUAUUUGAGAGAGCUAAAGAAAAUGCCAUGAAAUGGUUACAAGAGAAUAAAAAUGUAAAUGAAGUUCUCGAAAAGCUCAAGAAAGUGAAACAAGAAAUCGAGACAAAUUAUCAGUAUGCGCUGAAUAAUCAAAUUCAGAACAUUAAGGAUACCAUCGGGCAGUUUAUUAAUGAUGAUUUGAAACUGAAACUGAAGGAGAAACUCAAUUUAUAUCAAGAAAAGGUAAAAGAGACCAUGGAGGAGGUAUUAAGAAAAAAACAAAGUGGCGGUGAAUCUUAUGGCAUCAGAAAUAUUCUAGAGAAGGGCAAAGACAUUAUAAACGGUGCCCAAAACAAAUUAACAGAAAGCUCGAAGAAGAUUGUGAAUGAUGCCGAUGAGACUAUCAAGAAAUUUAAAGAAUAUAUAAACGAAAGCCUGCAGAAGGGUGAUAAAAUAAAAGAGUUGAUAAAUAAUCUGGAUAAAUCCUGGGACAUAUUAAAAGAAACAAUAAAGAAUGUCACAGGGAGGGUCAAAGACGAUAAGGUAAAGAGAUCGGUCAGCAAUGUUAUAACGGAUAGACAACAGGCAAGCAUAAUAGGAGGGCUCUUAGACACGGCCAACAGCUUGGUGAAGGAAACAAAAAAGGGAAUAAGGAUUAUCGGAGGCAAUGAAAUAGAUGAUAUUAAGAAUAACUUAGGGAACCUAAAAGAUUUGAUGGGUGAGAUAUUGGGAGCAGAAAAGGGGACACAAGAAGAGACUACUGAAAAAAAUAUUAAAGACGAUACUAAAAAUAUUUAAUUCUCACUCUCGGCCGCGGUAUCAAAAACACAAUACUUUUAUUACUUUGAUUAUAUUCAAAAUUAAUGUGUUCUUCGGAGAAGCCAUAAACUUGAGUUUCAAUUUCACAAAUUCUCCGGAAUUAUAGUUUUUUCAAUAAUUUAGCAUUUUACAGAAAAUUUUGCCUAGUGAGCAAUAUCUGUAACACAUUAUAUCUCGAUUUUCAAGCGUUUUAACGCUAAUUAAUCUUUUAAUUAAUCUGAUUGUGUAGUAUCUUCGUCCUGUUGAAGUCUGUAGUCUUAUCUACAAAGAUAUCUUUUUCAGGAUCACUCAAGUUAUGUAACGCUUAUCACAAUUGUAUUGAAAUUCAUGAACACAAAUAAAAAAAUGUACAUUUUAA